UUAGAGUAUUUAUUUCAUGACUCGAAACUUGAAAGUUGAAAACUUGAAAAUAUGACUAAAAGUUUUUAUUAAUUCAAUGAUUUGAUGAUAUUAUUAAUUUUUAUAGCAUCAGCUGUGCCAGCUGCUUUUACUAAAUAAAAAUACACAGUAUAUCUAAUAUAGAGUUCCCAGGUUCGAAUUUUUACUACCUACUUAUACAAAAAAAAACAAACAAUGGAUGAUAAAGAUUACGUGGAUUUAACAUCCCAGCUGGAUGCAAGGGAAAUAUUGAGAUAUUUAAAUUAUUUGGGAAUACAUAACAUAAGUGGUGAAGUGUUAAAGUAUUUUAUCACAGAUCUUAAAAAGCUUAUAAAAUAUGAUUUACAACAAAAGAGUCAAUCAGGGAAUAUACAUAUGAAACAUGAUGGGCCGGAAAGACUGCAUAGUGCAAGCACUUUUUCAUCUAGAAGUCGUUCUAAAGCCUAUGAUGGUGCUGUCUUAUGUUGCAAUAAAGAAUGUCGAGGACCAAGAAGACCACUAACUGUACGUAAUGUACAGUCAUCUCCCAAUUUGGGACAAAAAGAGGAAGAAAAACCACCAAGGAGAUCAUGCUCAUGUGUGAGAGUGGAAAAGAAAACAGAAGUUAGCAAGGAACCUUCAAAAACUACUGUUACUUUAAGUGAUAAUUUGAUAAAAGUGCCUAAGCCACAGCCAAAGAAGAAAUGUGACCCCGUUACCCUGUAUCAUUAUUAUUCUUCAUUAUGGGAAAAAUACAAACCAAAUGUACCAGGGGAGAAUGACUGGGCAGAUAUAAGAUGGAGAAUCAGGCAAAAAAUGGUGGGAUGUGAUACACAAUCCUCCAGCAAAGCCACAGUACAUCACAAAAAGAAAAGCCAGGAAAAUAAAAAUACCAGCUGAUUUAUACAUGACUAACUACAGGAAUAGUUUGUAGUGCUAAAAAUGUAAUGCUAAGUCCUAAUGUAAAGGCAUUAACUAAAACAGGGUUUUAAAACUUAUGUAAACUCAUAAGCAAGUGGUUUAUUCUCCAGUUAUGUAGUUAUUAAGGUUGAAAUUUCCAAUGCUCCUAGUAAAACAAUUAUUAUCAUGAAUCUGACUGGAGUACUGCAACUGAAGCUAGCUGCACUUUGUCCAAAAUAAAAGAAUAAUACUAAAAUCUA